UAACGAAUUCAGUGGUUUUUGCUACUUCCUCUUUCUUACUACCAUGUCUGGACGCGGCAAGCAAGGCGGCAAGGCUCGCGCCAAGGCCAAGACCCGCUCCUCCCGGGCCGGCCUGCAGUUCCCCGUGGGCCGCGUGCACCGCCUUCUCCGCAAGGGCAACUACGCGGAGCGGGUAGGCGCCGGCGCCCCGGUGUACUUGGCGGCCGUACUGGAGUACCUGACGGCCGAGAUCCUGGAGCUGGCUGGCAACGCGGCCCGCGACAACAAGAAGACUCGCAUCAUCCCGCGCCACCUGCAGCUGGCCAUCCGCAACGACGAGGAGCUCAACAAGCUGCUGGGCCGCGUGACGAUCGCUCAGGGCGGCGUCCUGCCCAACAUCCAGGCGGUGCUGCUGCCCAAGAAGACCGAGAGCCACCACAAGGCCAAGGGAAAGUAAAUUAGACAACCAACUGUCAACACUUUGCAAACUUCUGAGCACAAAGGCUCUUUUCAGAGCCAUCA